AUGGACGAGUUUGGCCCCGUCUGUGGGUUCGAUGUCCCGCUCGACGGAGUAGGUGAUUGGGACCCGUCGGCCAUACCCCCUCCCGACAGCGAGAUGACUAGCCUGGAGACUAGUCUCGCACAGUUAGGACAUCAGCAUGCACCUGCGGCGCCUGAACCUACUGUGACAGAACCAGAUCCAGAGCCAGAAGAAUCCCAAGCAAGGUAUGAUCCAAUGGAUGUGAAUCUAGGUGUAAUACCUAAGGAAGAACCAGGAGAAGACGUGCCCGAGGUAGAGCUUGAGGAGGCAUCGGAGGAUGAGCCAGUAGAGGAGCCAGAGGAGGAGACCGAAGAGGAGCCUGUUGGCGAGGAGAGGAUUGAGGUUCAGAUAAAGUCGGGAGAUGAGGAUAAGCCAAUUGAGAUUGAGGCCGACUCGGAGUCUUCGGAUGAGCAUGUGCCUGAUGAGGAUCCAGAUGAGGAUGAUGAGGAGAGUGAGUCGGAGUGGACGCCAUCUAGAGGGCGUAGGGGCUAG